GUCACUGGGACAUCCGCGCCUAUGUGGUACUGAGCGAGAGCAAGCAUGACUGAUUUUACGGAAUGAUCACACCGAUUGCCAUCCGCCAUAUCGAUGAUUGUGGUGGUGUUAUCGAUCGAGAUUCCUCACCAACGUGAUUCUCUUCUUUUCCGCCGUUUGUUGACAGACUGCAGAUGUGCACGAUUGGGCAAUAUGUAAUUUUUGACACAACGUUGCUAUUUUUGGAGAAUUGCACUACUUUUGGGAGUUAAUACUUGAUUUCUCAUUCUCUGACUCGUUUUUUUUAACGGCGCUCUAUUCUGCGGCCGAGCUGGGCAUUGAUUCCCCCCAAUGGCUGUGUGAAUUGACAGAGUGAAGAUCCCAAACAUUCGGAAGCUGUGUGAAGGACCUGGGGGAAAAACAUGAAAGCAUCCAUACCCUUUCUGGUCCUACUUCAUGCAAUUGUGGUCCAUUGCCUGAGAGUGGUAUCAAAGAGAGGCUCAGUGGAAGGAUGCACAGAUUGGUCUGUGGACUAUCUGAAAUACAAGGUGCUCGUGGGUGAACCUGUUCGGAUAAAGUGUGCUUUGUUCUAUGGAUAUAUCCGUGCCAACUACACACAUGCUCAGAGCUCAGGACUCAGCCUCAUGUGGUACAAAAGUGAAGGACAUGGUGACUUCGAGGAGCCCAUCAGUUUUGAUGGCACACGAAUGAGCAAAGAGGAGGAUGCAAUAUGGUUUCGACCAGCCGAAGUAGGCGACGUGGGCUACUAUUCCUGUGUAUUAAGAAACUCCACUUACUGCAUGAAGGUGUCCAUGUCCCUCACCGUGGCAGAAAAUGACACAGACCUCUGUUACAACUCCAAGAUGAGGUUCUUUGAGAAGGCAGAGCUGAGCAAAAGCAAGGACAUUACCUGCACAGGCAUCGAAGAUUAUAUCCAGACAGGAGCCGAGCCCCAGAUUGUUUGGUAUAAGGAGUGCAUGCCAAAGCAAUGGAGACAGACAAUCGAGAGGAGGAGGGACACCCUCUCCAUCAAGGAAGUUCGAGAAGAUGACAUUGGGAAUUACACCUGUGAAUUACAGUUUGGAAACUUUGUGGUGCGGAGGACCACCGAACUGUCUGUCACAGCUCCUUUGACAGACAAGCCGCCCAAAAUCCUCUCCCCGUCCGAGGGCCAGACCAGCGCCAUUGAAAUGGCUCUAGGAAGUCCCGUCAACCUGACGUGCAGAGCGUUCUUUGGGUACAGUGGUGAUGUCAGCCCACUCAUUUACUGGAUGAAGGCGGAGAAGUUUAUUGAGGAUCUGGAUGAGGAGCGGGUACGGGAGAGUGACAUCAAGACAAUACAUGAGCACUUGGGCGAGCAAGAGGUCUCUAUCUCGCUUACCAUCGACUCCCUGGAGGAGAGCGACCUGGGAAACUACACCUGCUACGUGGAAAAUGGCAAUGGUCGACGACAGGCAAACAUCCAGAUCGUCAAGAAAGCUGAACUCAUGUACACCGUGGAACUGGCCGGCGGUCUGGGGGCCAUCCUGAUCCUGCUCAUCUGCCUGGUGACUCUGUACAAGUGUUACAGGAUUGAACUCAUGCUCUUCUACAGGAACCACUUCGGCAGUGAGGAUCUAGAUGGAGAGAGCAAAGACUAUGACGCCUACCUGUCCUACACGAAAGUAGACCCCGACCAGUGGAGCCAGGAGACUCGGGAGGAGGAGCGCUUUGCCCUGGAGAUCCUGCCCGACAUGCUGGAGAAGCAUUAUGGGUAUAAACUCUUCAUUCCAGACAGGGACUUGAUCCCCACAGGAAGUUUCACCAGCGAUCAUUUCCAGGAUGACACCAGACUACUUAGAGCUUACAUCGAGGACGUUGCACGCUGUGUGGACCAGAGCAAGCGCCUCAUCAUCGUUUUGACGCCCAGCUACGUGGUGCGGAGGGGGUGGAGCAUCUUUGAGCUGGAGACACGUCUUCGUAAUAUGCUGGUGACGGGCGAGAUCAAGGUCAUCCUUAUUGAGUGCGCCGAGCUGCGCGGCAUCAUGAACUACCAGGAGGUGGAGGCCCUCAAACACACCAUUAAGACGUUGACCGUCAUCAAAUGGCACGGCGCGGCCAGCAACAAGCUGGACUCCAAGUUCUGGAAGCAGCUCGUCUACGAGAUGCCCUUCAAGCGCACCGAGCCCCUGAGCAUCUCCCACGAGCAAGUGCUGGAUGUGAGUGAGCAAGGGCCCUUUGGCGAGCUCCAGGCGGUAUCGGCGAUGUCCAUGGCGGCCGCCACCUCCACCGCCAUGGCGACGACGCACCCAGACUUGCGUUCCAACUUCCACAACUCGUACCACACCCAGAUGAGACAGAAACAAUACUACCGUAGUUACGACUAUGAGCUGCCACAGAGGGGCACUCUGCCACACUUGUCCUCCAGCCGAAACCAGCACACGUACUGCAACAUCCCCAUGACACUCCUGAAUGGACAGCGGCCUCAGUCCAAGUCGCCGCGACAGCAGAGUUUAGAGGAAGGCCACGGCAACAAUGCCAUGCUGCCGCUUCUGCCCCGAGAGACCAGUAUAUCCAGCGUCAUCUGGUGACACACAGCCCUCACCGCAACAUAGGACAUACUAAUCCAGGAGACAGGGUGGCAUUGCUUUUGCAAUCUGUGUAUCAUUCGUCCUUUCCGUUUUUAAUUGGCAAUUG